AUGUUGGCCGUGAGCUCACUUUCAUUCUUUUCAAGCUCAGAUCCGUCUUCAGCGUAACCGUAAUUGUAACAACAAACCGAACGGAGUUCAAAAGCAAAAUGCUCCGAAAGGGGAUCUUCGUGGAAAGAAUGCACCCGCCUAUCUGGAAGCGGACACAAUGCUCGGAAAGGGCGAAUCGUUCCGAGUGGAGAAGAUGAUCGCGGGCGGGGGAUUCGGACAGAUUUACAGAGCGUUCAAUGUGGUGACUGGAAACAGAAUUAUGAUCAGAAAUGAAGAAAGGUAUUCAGGAUACGGACGAAGAAGUGGCGGUGAAAGUGGAGAGAGCAUUGACUCACGACUCGCAGAGAAUGAUCCUCGAGUCGAAGGUUCUCGACGAAAUGCUCGGAACGAAGCACUUUCCGAUCGUCUACUACAUCGGUCCGUUGAAAUCGUACAACUACAUUGUGAUGCAAAUGCUGGGCAGAAAUCUUGGAGACAUUCGGAGAGCGCUCCCGAUGAAGAAAAUGUCGAUCAGAUCAGUAAGCCGAUUGUCAGACCGAUUCAGUUUAUUUUAAUCUGUUCAGGCCAUCCGAAUCGGAAUCCAAAUUGUGGAGGCUCUUUCAUCUCUUCACGGAAAGGGAUGGUUGCACAGAGAUCUGAAGCCGACCAACUGUUGUCUGGGAGUGGAGGAGAAGCGCAAGCAGGUGUACCUGGUCGACUUUGGAAUGUCGCGCCGCUUCCGCAACGACGACGGCAGCAACCGCGAGAAACGAACUUACUGUGGCUUCCGAGGCACUACUCGCUACUGCUCCUACCGUAUGCACGACCGUCGAGAGCAGGGACCGGUCGAUGAUCUGUGGUGCCUGUACUACACGCUGGGCGAACUCAUCGAAGGAUAUUUGCCAUGGAGAGAGAUGGAGUCGGCCGACGAGAUGGCUCAGGCUAAAAAGAUUCUCAAGCACGACGUCAUCUUCCCGUUUGCGUUGAAAAAGAGUUUAUCCGAGAAUAGAAUACAUUCAGAUCAAUGCCAUCCAAGUUCGCAAGCUUCGACCGAAAUCUGCGUCGUCUCGGCCAGAGCGACACUCCCCACUACGCCAAGUUCCAAAAUAUUCUGGGCAGCUGUGUCAAGUACGUGGAUGACAAUGCGGAAUUCGAAUGGGAUUUGAUGGGCAUUUGA